AUGGCAGUACUGUGGCUCCAUACUGCUUCUCUGCUGGUCUUAAUGGUCAUGUCGUGCCCGGGUUCCCAAGCCAUGUCCUCACAGCAUCUGUGUGGCUCUCACCUGGUCAGCGCCCUGCAUCUGGUCUGCGGGGACAGAGGUUUUCGCUUCAUGGUCAGGACAGACGACAACCCUAUGCAGCAUUUCUCCCCUCCAAGUGCAGGCAGAGCAGCACCAGUGGGUGGUGAGGAUGAACUCCCAGAGUUUGCCUCUAAGGAUCAGAUGGAGAUGAUGGUGAAGAGAGGCAUUGUGGAGCAAUGCUGUCAGAGGCCCUGCAACAUCUUUGACCUGGAGAGCUACUGCAACUGA